AUGCCGACCUUUUCUUAUGCGCAGGCCGCGAAGGGUUUAGUUUCCUCGACGUCUGCACAGCAACAGUCCGAAAAAUUCGACAAAUCAUCGGCUUCCCCAGCUGAUGAGCAAAGUGCCGGGGUUGCUGGAGGUUCAGACAUCAGUGGAGAGCCAAUGUCAGCUUCAUUCUCUGUCAAUGGGCUGAACAGUGUUAUAGAAAAGCAGACAGAUCCGGCACCAGGGAAGCAUAUUCUGUCAGCAUCAUCGUCCCCGAGCAUCGCUACUGCCUCUACCGGGACUAUUCCUAAGGAAGAUGACAUGUCCUUGACACCUAACGGCUCGUCCGACUCUACCUGGGAUAAGCAAUCGCAGGCCUCUCUUACUAUUGAAAGAUCGCAUGUUCGAGAAGGCGCUGAGGACGAUUCCUCGGAGAAAGGAACGGAGAAAAGUAUUGCGUCUGUCAAAGAACUAAAGCCUGCUCCUAUACCUACGGUCAACAUCUGGCAACAAAGGCUUGAAGCCCAAGAAGCGAAAGCAAGAGCCAGUGCUGCUCUAAAGCCCGGCGUUUCAUCAAACGACCCAUCUCCGAAGCCACCUCCAACCGUCCAAGGCUCUAGCUCUCGUCCUGACGGAUCAAAGGGUGGAAACAGACAAAAGCCAUUGGAUUCUCUGGGAGACAAAAAGAAAUCUGGUGAGGCCUCGAAAAAGACUGGUUCGCGCACUCACCGUCCCACUACGGAUGCUGACCCUACUGAAUCGAUCCCACCAGUAGCGAACUCUGCGUUAUGGCCAACUCCAGAGUUCGCACGGGACGAGGGACAGCGAAAAGUCCAAGGAAAAGUUGAAAAGACUGAAAAAGCUGACAAAGAAAAGCCUCUCAGUUCUCGAACCCACGGCAAGGAGAAAUGGAUGCCAGUACCAUAUGUACCAACCGCUGUGUUCAGCACCCCUCUACCUCCGGCUGCCCGAAGAGGUGGACGAACUGCAAGAGGUGGUCGUGAUGCAAGUGCACACAGCGCUAGUCACACUGGCGAAAAAAAUCACGCUAGUUCCAAAACGGGUGAACGAAGAUUUGCCAACGAUUCGAAGUCGAAAUCAAAUGGUGUGGAUGGUUCCCAUAACGAUGAAGGACAAGACUCGAAAUCCCAGAACGUUGAAGAAAUUCACCGACAAUACUCGGCAAACACUCAACGUUCCUCGAACCUCGAGUCAUCCUCCCAGCAACGUUACGACGCCAAAUCAGUAGGGAAACUGCUAGACACUACAAAUUUGCCUUACAGCCCAACGUUGAAACUUCAUGGCGAAAGCCAGAGUCAUUCCCGCUAUGCUCAGACUGCAGAAAGGCGAUUUGAAAAUGGGCCUCGAUCUGCCGACCCAUACAAAGAACCUAUUUCAUUUGCUUCCCGUGAUCGAGACUUUGGAAGAGACCGUGAUUAUCAGCGAGAAAAUUACAGAGGCGAAUCUCGUUCUGAGAGAGGCCGUGGCGGUUAUCGCGGAAGGGGCGGACACCCCAGCUACACGAGUCCACAGAAUAUUGUCUAUUCUGCGCCACUUCCCCAACACCCAUUUCCUGCACCCAAACCAUUUGCAUAUAACGGCGAACGUCAGCGUAUGCCACAAGCUAGUGCUCAAAAUGGCGCCCAGAGCGGUUCUCGAAUGGGCCUGCGCUCCCCAUCCAUGCCAGCUCCAGCAAUUUAUGCAGCUGCCCCGUACCCAAUUCAAACCGACCUAACAUCGUUAUAUGGCUACCCGCAAAUUCAUCCCGGCCCAAUGACCGCGAUUCCAUACCAGCCAUACAUGGAACAAUACUCGUUGAUGGGCAUGAUUUCAAUGCAGCUAGAAUAUUACUUUUCCGUCGACAACCUUUGCAAGGAUCUAUUCCUUCGCCGACAUAUGGAUUCUCAGGGGUUUGUUCUUCUUACUGUCAUUGCUGCAUUCAAACGUAUCAAGUCGCUCACUGAAGAUAUGGAUCUUCUUCGUCUCGUUUGUCGACAACUAAAGACUGUUGAAUAUAGGCCGGGUGAGGAUGGUCUGGACCGCAUUCGUAAGAAGGAAAAGUGGGAACAGUGGGUUCUUAGUAUGGAAGCGCGAGAUCCCUCCGCUCAAACUGAGGGACCGCCGGCUGCUACCUCGUCAUCUUUCCCGCAAUUUGAUAACUUCAAUGAGAAUGGAAUGACUUCACAACAGGAUGGAUACCCUCAUAUUACAAAUGGAGCCGCUCAGCCCUGCUCCGAGACCUUACCUCAUUUCGCCGCCCCCCUAUCGGAUACUGUCAACAAUGAUACCUCCGCCCAUUCGAUCAAGUUAUCCUCUGCCGCGCCUGAGUUCUCCCCCCAGGCCCCUGUGGUGUCUGCAAAUGAAAAAGCUAGUGAACGAGAUGCCGUUGCUGAGAAUGUAUUUCCAGACGAGCAAAUUGGGAAUUUGGUGAUUGUGGUGCGUAAGCCAGGUGCUCCCAGCCCAACACAGUCACCUAUUCUCGGUCCCUCGUCUAGUUCUUUCUCAAAUGGCUCUGUUGACAAUUGUAAAGCAGCCCACGGGCAAUUAAGUGCAGGCAAUAUAUUACCCCCCCCUCGUCAGGAUUCUUCGACCAGAUCCGACAGAUUUAGCGUCGAUACUGAACGACUGAAAAGGGUUACCGACAAAUUGACAAAAUCCUUUUCCACGAAUACGCUUCCCGAAAAAACGAGAAACCCUUCGCCUACAUUCUGGAUCAAUUCUAAAAAUAGCCCCAUAAAAUCACCCCAAACCGAUCUUAUUCACGAAUCAUACACGGUAUUCCGCAAACAAGCCCUUGAUAAGUGGCUCUCCAAAUCCUCGGGGGAACUCCCUGUGGAUAUGGAUGUGCUCUAUCAAUUCUGGUCGCAUUUCUUGGUUCGAAAUUUUAAUUCCCGAAUGUACAAUGAAUUUAGAAACUUGGCGUUUGACGAUGUUUCCUCUAGACACUCUACCAGCGGUAUUCACUAUCUAAUAAAGUUCUACGGCAAUACUCUUUUGAGGAACAAAAUCAUCGCUGACGGCCUCGCUAAGGACUUUCUUGAUUUGGUGCAAUCGGAAGCUAAUGCAAAAGAGCGACCUGCUUUUCGGCGACUUCGCAGUGUAUGGAGAAACGGCGCCUUUAACCUGAAGAGUAGAAAGAAAAUUGAUGAGUUGAUCGAUGAAAAUUUGCGGUCUCAACUCGACCAUUACUCUAGGGUUUAG